ACACACAGUAGCAGCAGAGACGGAGAGGCUGAUAUCCUAUCCUGGGACAACUUUCAGCAGAGGAGUGCAUGCGUGCUGAAGAGGGGAGGACCACGGAGAGGACACUAGGAGGGCAUCUGGGAUAGUAAUACAGAGACGGGGUGGACAGAGGCUGGGACUGUCCGGGCUGUAGAGUUUAUGUGAGAGGAGAGAGAGAGAGAGAGAGAAGCAGCAUCAGUGUGGCUCUGCUGUGAAGAUGUCAUGGCGUCCGACCUACCGAAGCUCCAAGUUUCGAAACGUUUACGGGAAAGUGGCGAACCGCGAGCACUGCUUCGACGGCGUGCCCAUCACCAAGAACGUGCACGACAGCCAUUUCUGCGCCGUCAAUGCCAAGUACAUCGCCGUGGUGACGGAGAGCGCGGGCGGGGGCAGCUUCAUCGUCAUACCCAUCAGCCAGUCCGGGCGUUUGGACUCACACCACCCCAAAGUCUGUGGUCACCAGGGGAAUGUUCUGGACAUCAAGUGGAACCCCUUCUUUGAGAACAUCAUUGCGUCCUGCUCAGAAGACACCUCUGUGCGUGUAUGGGAGAUCCCUGAGGGCGGGCUGAGGCGUAACAUGAACGCCGCCCUGCUGGAGCUAUAUGGACACAGCAGACGAGUGGGGCUUAUCGAGUGGCACCCCACCAGCAGCGGCAUCCUAUUCAGCGCCGGCUACGACUACAAGAUCCUGAUCUGGAACUUGGAGCUGGGGGAGCCGGUGAAGAUGAUCGACUGUCACUCAGACGUGGUCCUCAGCAUGUCCUUCAACACGGACGGCAGCCUGUUAGCCACCAGCUGUAAGGACCGCAAGCUCAGGGUCAUCGAGCCGCGCUCAGGCCGAGUGCUGCAGGAGGCCAACUGUAAAAACCACCGUGUGAACCGCGUGGUGUUCCUUGGCAACAUGAAGCGUUUGCUGACCACCGGCUUCUCCCGCUGGAACACGAGACAGAUCGCCUUAUGGGACCAGGAGGACCUGUCCAUGCCCAUGGUGGAGGAGGACAUAGAUGGACUCUCUGGACUACUCUUCCCCUUCUAUGACGCAGACACUCACAUGCUGUAUCUUGCAGGAAAGGGAGAUGGGAACAUCCGGUACUUUGAGGUGACCACGGAGAAGCCGUACCUGCAGUACCUGAUGGAGUUUAGGUCCCCUGCACCACAGAAGGGGCUGGGAGUGAUGCCAAAGCACGGUCUGGACGUCGGAGCCUGUGAGGUGUUUCGCUUCUACAAACUGAUACCUCUGAAGGGCCUGAUUGAGCCCAUCUCCAUGAUCGUGCCUAGGAGGUCGGACACGUACCAGGAGGACAUCUACCCCAUGACCGCAGGCACAGAGCCUGCACUGUCUGCAGCAGAGUGGCUCAGUGGCAUCAACAGAGACCCGGUGCUGAUGUCUCUGAAAGAGGGCUACAGCCGGCCGAACCAGCUGGUGUUCAAAGCCCCAGUGAAGAAGGAGAAGAGAGAGGUGGUGGUGAACGGCAUCGAUCUGCUGGAGAACGUGCCGCCCAGAACUGAGAACGAGAUGCUACGGAUGUUCUUCAGGCAGCAGGAGGAGCUGAGGAGGCUGAAGGACGAGCUGGCCUCUAAAGACGUGAGAAUACGACAGCUGGAGCUGGAGCUCAACAACCUGAAGAACGUCAGCCCCAACGGAGUCUGACCUUUGACCCCUAACCAACCUGAAGAACGUCUGACCUUUGACCCUUGUGACCCCUCUACAACUUGAAGAUGCCAGAUCGAAAGGUGUCUGUCAUUUGACUCCUGUGACCCUUAAACAACUUGAAGAACAUCUGACCUUUGACCCCUGUGACCCGUCUACAACCUGAAGAACGUCAGCCCCAAUGUAGUCUGGCCUUUGACUCCCGUGACUCUUAAACAAGCUGAAGAACAUCUGACCUUUCACACCUCCACAACCCAAAGAACAUUAGCUCCAACGGAGUCUGACCUCUACAACCUGAAGAGUAUCGUAUGACCUUUGACCCCUCGACCACCCGUAGAACGUCUGACCUUUGCCCCUUGAUUACCUGAAGAACAUCAGACAUUCAACUCCUUAACCACCUGAAGAACAUCAGCCCCAAUGGAGUUUAACCUCCCACAGUUCUGGGCCCACCCCUGCCUUUGGGACAUGCCAUUACCUGAUUUCGACUUGUCUUCCUGAUUUGAAGCCCGGUUUAGGCCAGUUGUCAAUGAAGAAAUAACACGUUUUACAGUUAAAUACUUCACCAAUAUAUUAAAUUCCUAGUUCUUUGUAGGACAGUGUAAACUCCAGGCUGGAGAACUUCAGAUCAUACCAUUAAUCUAACUAAGUAAUUGUGUUGAAUUGAUAUAGUUCUUAUUCAUUCACUCCAUACUCAGUGGUGGUCACUUACUGCUACGGCCACAGCUGCCCUGGGGUAGACUGACAGAAGGAAGGCUACCAGUACGCGCCAUCGGUCCCUCUGUCGACUACUAAUCAUAUUAAGCAAGAUUGAUCCUUUUUGUAAGAUACUGAUUUAUUAAAAGUAUUGCAUUUAAACAGACGUACUUGUGACUAGUGAACAUAUUACAUUAUUUAAGACUAAAAUCAGUUAAAAGACACAUCACCAAAGAGUCCAAAUCUGGUAAUGACAUCCCAGCCCCUCCCACGUGUAGUCUGUAUAGAGUUUUUAAGUGACCCAGGACCAAUGGCACGGAUGGGUUCACAUUAUGUCAUAAGCCCCUGUUUCUGCUGUAUCCAACUGUAUAUGGAACUGGUAACCAUUUGUACUUGUGACAUCAGACUCGACUACUCCACACGUGCUCAGUACUGGCAACGACGACUUCUUAGUAUUAAUGCAAUGUUAGCUUCUGUUUUUCUAAUUUUCACUGUACAUUUUGCCAGAUAUUGUAAAAUGCCACUUUGCCUUUCCUGUUAUUUAUGUGGCAAUACGAGGGCCAUGGACUGUUCUGACAUGUCCCAAACUCUGUCCUCCUCGCCGCCUUUUGGAAGCAAAAUGGAGGAGAAAGACUGGCUCCUGUUCUUCCGCCCUAAGCCUUAGUCUCUGCUGCGGUAUACUCAAAAUGGCCGACAUCAAACGCUUGCACCAAACACAUUUAUGGAUUUAGCAUCACCUUUCACUAGCUGCUAAUAUCCUUUGUUUUCAGGUCCUUUGCUGUCAGGGCCGUUUCUAGCUUUAAGCAGGCUGAGUACGCGCACGGGGGCCCAUAAGCUACAAGGGGGCCUCAAGAAGAAGACGACUGUUAAAGCAGACCUAUUAUGCAAAAUUGACUUUUUAAAGCUUUUACCCAUAUGUUAUAGGCAUUUCAUUUUCUUAUUCACAGUCUCAAAGUUGUUUUUAUAGUGUUUCCUGCAUGUUUGAGUAAUCUUUUUCUCCUCUUUUCACGACGUCAUUGCUCUAAUCCACCACCGUCGGCACACUGCUAUGUACUUACCUCAACCUUCAGUUUUAUUUUUAGAAUUGCUGAUACGUGUAGGAUUCGGCAGCGUCGUGUAGUCAUUUUGGUGCAAAUAAACAAAAAAAAAAUCCACUACUUGCUAAUAUGAUGUGCAGCUAGGCAUAAGAGGCUCAUUUGUUGUGAUGGUGUUUAUGGCAACGUUAACUCCGCUCCCAUUGGGCACCGCAAAAAUCAGCAGACACAAACACGAUAGGUCUUCUUUAAACGGAAUCUAUGUUUUGUUAUUAUUAUCAAUUGCAGUUACAACAUUUGAUUUAAUUUCAUAAGCACUUUGUUAAAUAAUUUAGCAUAAUAUAACAACUGGCCUUCAAUUAUAAUUCUUAAUUCAUACAGCCUCAUUACUUUACAUCUUCGUUUUAUUUUAGCUUCAUUUUAUCUGAAUCUAUAUCUAGCUAGAGGCCCCCAUACGGAGCAUCUUGCACGUGGGCCCCCCUUAAAGCCACAAACGGCCCUGCGUUCUGAUAUUAAAAUGGACUACGGUUAUCUAUGGAUAUUCUAAGUGUUGCUAGUUUUUACUGAGGGCUACUUUUGACGAUACAGGAGGUGUAAAGUAUUCGUUUCUAUUUAUUUUUCCAUGUUUUUAGCCAAUAACCUUGUAUAUUUGUUAAUCCCAAUGUUUUUGUAUUAAUUGUAAGUUGACUAUUUUUGAUGCUUUGGCUGAAUGAUGCUGAGAGAAAGUCAUGUGUUGAUAUUUUGCUGUUAAUUGUGCCGUUGUCCUUUUCUACUCUGAUGUGUUGGGAAAAGUCGUGGAGAAAAGUGUGAGAAGAAUGUGACAGUGAGAGCAUGAAGUGAUAUUUUGGGACAGUUGUAUGUGGAAUAAAUCUGAAGUCUUUAUGAGCACAGCUGGUAAAGCACAAGUAACCUACCAAAUUGACUGCAAAAAGUAAUUUCUAGGUUGAAAAAAAGUUCAAAUUAAACUUUUUUUUAAAAUAGAUUUGACUUGACAAGUUAUCUACCAAUGGAAUAGUUUUUUUAACAUCAUUCAAGCAACAAUAUCAUUCAACUUUCUUAUUUUGAUGGUUGUUUUUUUUUUUUUCUUAAGUGUAACGAAAUGUAUUUUGAUGUGUGAUUCAAGUCGUUUUAACUUGAAAUAUUUAGUUUACAUUUUGCAGCUUACGUAAUGUUGCACUAUGAGCCUUUUCUGGCGAAGGACACAUUUGGCUUCUCUUCUUAAAAGUAACAUAAAGUAACUUAAACAAUUCGAAGUAACAACUAAUAAAAGCACAAAUUGGUGAACAUUUAUGGAUUUGUAAUGUCAUCGCAAUCUAAAGUCCUGCACCCAUUUUUUUCCAUGUAUUUGCGCAGUACAGAUAUAUUGUAGAAGCAGCUCUUGAGGUCAAAAUAAGUCUGCUGUGUACUUGUCCAAUAAUCAGUAAGUGCAUGGUUAGCAUACUAGCUGCUGUUAGCUUUACAGUGACAGCUAAACUCCACUCUGGUUUCUGAAAACAAAUGCAUAAGUUAAGUGAGGAGUAACUUCGGACCACUGCAAAACGUCUAAAAUGAACUAGUUUUUUAAGACAGGAAAAUUGCAGCAGUAUUAAUUGAAUGUCUUAAUGGUUACAAAUUCCACAUACAACUUUAUUCCAAACUUAACACUCCCGGAAUAUCACUUUCCAGUUUGUAAACAGGGCUUGACACGAACAUCUCCACUGUUAGAUAAGUCAAGCCCUGCACACGGUGAUGUGUUUUACAGUGUAGAGGCCGUAGGUUUUGGAGUGUAUGAACAGAUGUGUGUCAUUUUGGACUGAUCACAUGUGAUGAUUGUAAUGUUUGCACAAGUGUGUACAGAGACUUAAAAGCCAUCGCAACUGAACGACUUUGAAAUAUUUGGAAACAAUUAGUGCUGGAGAUAUGGACUUGCUUUGUUUUGUUUUGUAUGCGUGCGCUUGGUUAUUGCUCUCCAUGUGCUUCCUGCUUCAGCUGCACUGUGUCCCCGAAUGCCCCUGCGGUGUGCGGAAAGACUGCGGACUUCAUAUAUAAAAGGGAUUUAUUGAAGUGAAUGCGAGGGAAAAGAAACAUCAUUUGGACUAAUGACAGUGGGUUGAACAGAGUGUAAAGUCACUGAGGUAGGCCAAUCUGACCAUUACAUAGAAGAGUGAAAACAUAUUCCCAAUAACUGACAAUUUUUCCAGAGAUUACACUUUGAAACAAUAAAUUUUUCAAAUGCUG